AUGGUAUUUGAUGACAAACAAGGAAUGAAAAUCGCUUUUGAGGAAGCUAAGAAGAAAGGCGGGGUUCCAAUUGGUGGAGCUUUGAUUCAUGAAGAUGGUACUAUUUUAGGCCGUGGACAUAAUAUGAGAUUCCAAAGUUCUUCGGCUACAUUACACGGUGAAAUUUCUACCUUAGAAAAUGCUGGUAGAUUAAAGGGAAGCAUUUACAAAAAAUGUACGAUGUACACCACAUUAUCGCCUUGUCAUAUGUGUACAGGUGCUUGUAUUAUGUACGGAAUAAAGAGAGUCGUCCUUGGAGAAAAUGAUAACUUUGUAGGCGGAGAGGAUUUAUUAAAGCAAAAAGGCAUUGAAGUUGUGAAUUUGAAUGAUAAAGAUUGCAAAGACCUUAUGAGUAAAUUUAUUAAAGAAAGACCAGAAGACUGGUACGAAGAUAUUGGCGAGUAG